CCUGCUUACACCACCCGCGUAACCUUUGACGAGGUAGCGUAGCAUUAGCCUCAGGCAACAUGAUGAUGUCACGUGACUCCGGUCUGACUUCUGGAAACAGCCGCCCCUACUUAAGAGCAUUGAUGAAACUCCACGCGCAUACUCCACUGUCAAUUUGAGAAUGUGGAGAAGAAAGAAAGAAAAAAAGAAGGAAAGGAGGGGGGAAGGACUUAGCCAGGAUCAUGUGACCCGACUCGCACUUCACACUCGCUUGCCUCCUAACUGAGGAGGAAAAGGGCUCAUUCUGAGACGGCAUGAAGACAUGGAGCGAUGGACCCAAGACACGACUGACGAAUGGAUGGAUGAUAACAUUUCCUCCACGGUGGGAUUGUUUCAUUCUGCUUCGGCGUACGGCGAGUUGCAGCCUCAUCAGAGAAGAACGGCGCCCACCGUUUCCUGCUAUGUGCCGCCGCCACCUGACUACUUGACGGACAUCCACGACCCCCAUCACAAUGACCUCAUCAAGCCCAGGAAGCUCCUCAAUCCCGUCAAAAGUUCCCAAAGUCACCAAGAGCUCCACAGAGAACUGAUGACCAGCUGUAAACGAAGCGGCGGGGGCGUCCGUGUGGAAAGUAACAAGCCGGAGCUUGAGCGUGUACUGGAGUGUCGGCGGCGUGAUCAGCUGAUUAAGGAAAGGAAAAAGCAAGAGGAAGCACGGAGGAAGAUUUCGCCGCUGGAAGCCGAACUCAGGAAGAGGCACCAAGCGCUCGAAGAGAUGGAGCUGGAGCAGCAAAAGGACGAGCGGGACAAGCUGGCUGCUCCGGAGUUUGUCAAAGUCAAAGAGAACCUGAGGAGGACGUCGUAUACUGGCAAAGAGGAGAAGCAAGUCUAACGUCAGGUCCCUCACGUGCACGUACAAUCGCAUUCAUGCACGCCAGCACAAAUGCACGCACGGUUUGGAGACACCUUGACAAAGACCAAAUGAGGACAAGAGACGACGCACUCUUGUCGCUCCUGCCUUCCGAUGUUGUUGAAGGACACGUCGCGUGAGAAAUCAUGCCCAGGAGCAGCACGGUCACACGGUGACGAACGUUGUCGAGGGCGGGGUGGAGAGGUUUGGAAGUGGCACUCCGCUGAAGGACUUGCAGAAUGACAAGAAGAUAUUGCUCUGUUAUGGAGGACUCGUUAUCACCAGGCCUUGCCUGAGGCUAUUCCAGCUGACCCUGGACUGGUCACCAUUCAUGAUGUUUGCCCAUUCAGUGGCAGGGCAUAUAUAUUGGCAACCGAUGCACUGGUCAUUGUCAGGGCGACUGAAGCCCAACAAUGGUCAAUCCAUUCAAUUCACACGUUGACAGUUUUGAGACUUAUGAGACAUUCAUUCAUGUUGUAAUGUGAAUAAUUUAGUUUAUUUUUAAACAACCACAAUGACAAAACUACUAGAUUUGAAUGACCUCACCACUCUUUGAUCCAAAUUGUGUUGAUUCGAUAUCAUUAUAUGUUUCAAUGAAAUAAAGAUCAUGUCAUGAUUUCGAGUAUUGUUGAAUUAUGCUGUCAUCGUGAUGACAUCGUAUGCUUGCUUCAUCUUCAUCUGAAAAGCCUCCUUUGUUGUUGAUGUUAUUUUUAAUAAAUAAAUGUCUACAGAUCACAAUCAUGUCUGAUGAUUAAAAGACUAAUCCCA